CCAGUCCAGCAAGAUGGGUUUCCAGGCUUGGCUGCCCCUGCCGCCGCCCCCGCCGCCGGUCUGGGAGACUGGAGCUGUUACUCCCCGGACACGAGCAUUGCAGUGGAUGUGCUGGUGUCCCCAGGCAUCGCGCCGCAGAGGGUCGGCACGCUGGAGCCCACCCGCAGGUCAUGGUCUCUGGUGUGGGAAGGUGACUGGAGAAUGGAUAUUUUUAUGGCCUCCUUGGAAGAGAUGGACAAAGGCAACUCUGUGAAGCUUUUCCUGACUGUCAAUGGACAGGUUAAGAAUCAGAGCUUAGAGGUGACUGCUAGAGCAUCCAGGCCUGGGAGGAAGGAUGCUCACCCACCACUGAGGACCCUGGUGGUACCCUGUGCACUGAAGCCACCAUAUGGCAAAGUGGAAGCCAGUGAGGCCUGGAGGGAGAGUCCUGUCCACCUCAAGAAGCCCAGGAAAGUCUUAUUCGAGCCCACAGCAUCUGAGAGAGAUCUUGAUGAAGAAGAUCUGGCAGUGGAGGAGUUGCAAGGCAGUCCCAGCCCACGGUGGUGCCAUGCCAUGUGCCUCAGUGACCUGGGAACAGCUGUUCUGAUUGGUGGAGAAGGUGCUGAUCAGCAGCCCUGCAAGGAUGCAUUCUGGAAGCUGGAAAUUGACAGUGAUUUCUGGCUUCCGGUGGGUUUCCAGCUACAGAAUGCCGUGCCAUUGUGCUUGCAUGGUCACACAGCUACCUACGACCCAGACACCAAACGUAUCUACAUCUUUGGGGGCAUAAGGGAGGACAAAACCAACAGCAGCAUCUACAUUCUAGACACAAUCACUUGGAAAUGGCUUCUAGUGGCUGCUAAAGGGAGGAUGCCAGUGCUCACCUACCACAGCGCAACUAUCUACUGCAAGGAGCUCUUUGUUUUUGGAGGGACUUCCCCCCAAAAGGCAUCAGUGGCAGUUGGAUCCUGCAGCAAUGUGCUCUAUAUCUUCAAUCCAGAGCAUGAAAUUUGGUAUCAGCCCAUCUCGGAAGGGGAGAAGCCUCUGCCUAGGCUUGGGCAUUCAGCUACUUUACUGAAGAACAAGCUGCUGAUUUUUGGGGGUCGGAGGGCUUCUCUGUACCUCAGUGACAUGCACAUCCUAGAUCUGGGUUUCAUGGAGUACACACCAGUCCCCCUCCUCGCAGGACAGCCUUCUGCACGUUGUUUUCAUGCAGCUCUGCCUGUGUCGGACCAGAAGGUUCUCAUCAGUGGAGGCUGCAAUACCAGAGGAGCCCUGCAGGAUGCAUUUAUCUUCCACCUAGCUGGCCAUACGUUGCUUGACCUAACUCCUGCCUGCCUGAUGGAUGUGGACAAGGAGAAUAAAAAGGAGCAUAACCUGCACACAGUGUUGGUCUUUGGGGGCUCCAACUGUGCUGGGACCUUCUACAACAGCACAGUCAAGAUCCAGCUGGACCUAGGAUAA